AGAGACAUGCACGUGGUGAUAUAAAUUGACAUAGAUAUAUUUGACACUUAGGAAUGACAAUUGUACAUGUAAUAAAUAUGGAUUGACAGUGACACAAGAAUUCGUGAAAUUUAUGGCUCAUUUUAUCAAGCACGCCAACGCAUCCAAAGAGUUGCCGAUUCUAUUAUUACUUGAUAACCACACUUUCCAUCUCAGCGUGGAGGCCAUGGAUAUAGCAGUUGAUAAUGGCAUCACGAUGCUUUCUUUCUCUUCCCAUUGCUCGCAUCGUAUGCAACCCUUUAGAUGUUAGCGUAUUCGGUCCAUUCAAAAAGAUGUUCUACACCCAGUGCCAAGCUUGGAUGAAAAAUCACAUCGGCAGAGAUUUGGAAUUACAUCACAUAGCGCCUAUCGCUGAUAAAUGUCUCGAUGCGUGUACCACGCCUAAGAAUAUCAAAUCUGGGUUUAGAGCAACGGUUAGUCCAGAUGGCAUCGAAACCGUCGCACAUAAAGAGACCACUUCUGAAGUCACCACUUCUAAAACGGCCAGCACAUCAUUGGCGCCGGGCACAUCGGCUGCAGUUCUUCGCAGUGCAUUGCAAGAUGUUGGACCUCUCAAACACGAUACACCGGCCAAAAAAUCCAAGCGAGGCCGCAAGUCAAUGGAAACUACCAUUUUGACUUUGCCUCAAAAUGUGGCCAACUUACACAAGAAAGCUGAGGACAUUAACCUUGUAUAUCGUAAAAACCAUUUAUUUCAAUUUGUUUUUCGCGCGCGAAUUUGGGACCGCGCCUUAUCGCGCGUAGUAAUAUUCGGCAGAGAGCGUGCCUAGGAGCCCCCCCACUCGGGCGAGCGGGCGAGAGCUAACUCGAUCGCGGAGAGAAGCGGACGCACGCGUGAGGCGACACGUUUUCGCGAGAACAAAGGCGUCUAGUAUUUUUACCUGCGAUAACGCUUUCAGUUAUACCCUUAAGUGCAACGAAACUAGCUUGUAUUUUGACCGAAGCAAAUAAAUAUUGUGAUAGAAGAAGAGUUAAAAAUCUUUUCGACCACAUCGUCGCUGACUCCUUCCAGAGACACGUGUGGCGGGCACAUGCCCUCAGCGUAAUCAUUACGCAACAUCUUGUUUAGAAUAAUAAAGUCGUCAAAACGAGGAGUAAAAUAUAAUAUGUACAA